UGACUAAAACAGAUAAGCUGUGUGUGUGUGUGUGUGUGUGUGUGUGUGUGAUAAAGAGAGAGAGCAGUGUAAACAGCGAUCCAGACAGAAGAAGAUCUCCAGUCCAUCAUGAAGGUCCAGACCGUAGCGCUGCUCCUCUCCGCUGUCCUGCACUCAGUGUGGGGUCAGAGUCCUGUGGUGACCGUCCGGCCGCGGGCGGCUGCCGUUAAACCCGGCGAGGCGGUCAGCUUCCACUGCCGUGUGACCGGCGGCUCCCAGCCCGUCCAGCUGGAGUGGAGGAGGACCAACAGCCAGCCGCUGGGAGAUAACGUGAAGCUUGGACCUGAUGGUGCCGUGCUGACCAUCGCUAGCGUCCGUCUCGGGGACCAGGGCGGGUACCGCUGCAUCGCCACCAACGCUCAGGGCAAAGGGAUGACCACGGCGUCUCUGAACAUCAGACAGCCUCCGAAGGUGCGUGUGACGCCCGCUGGGCCGCUGUCGGUUACCGCCGGCGACAGCGUGACUCUGGAGUGCAGCGUCACAGGGAAGCCCCGCCCCUCCAUCAGCUGGAUCAAACAGGGAAGCGAUACGGCGCUCGUCUCCACGACAACAGAAGCUACAGCAUCCCUACAGGUGACAGUGAUGUCAGCCGAGGAUGUCGGGGUGUUUGUGUGCCGCGCUCAGAGCAGGGAGGGGCUUGCUGAGGGGCAGGUGGAGCUUACGCUGAAGGGCGGGGCGUUUCCUCAGGCCUCGGUAACAGAAACAGAUCUGACAGCCGUCGAGGGACAGAGCGUCACCAUGCACUGCCACGCCAGCGGUUCACCCGCUCCAGUCAUCUCCUGGUCGAAGCUGCGGGCGCCGUUGCCGUGGCAACACAAAGCGCACGGCGGGGUUCUGACGCUCAGUCACGUGGGUCGACAGGACUCAGGACAGUACAUCUGUAACGCCACCAACGCCCUGGGCUUCAGCGAGGCCUACGUGCAGCUGGAGGUGGACUCUCCUCCCUACGCCACCACGCUGACGGAAGAGACCGUCGCGCGCCCCGGAGACGCCUUGCGCCUGCAGUGCCUCGCUCACGGAACUCAUCCAAUCCGCUUCCGCUGGACGCGUGUGGGCGGGGCCUCCAUGUCGCCGGGGGCGGAGUCCACCAAAGACGGCCUGCUGAAGAUCGCGCAGCUCAGAGUGACGGACAGCGGCACAUAUAAGUGUGUGGCGACCAAUCACGUGGGCUCCAGUGAAGCGCUGACAAAGGUCACUGUGAGAGCUUAAUCACAGACCUGCUUGCUGAUUGUAAAAAUCUACCCAUUAAUUACGAGGACAAAAGAGGCUUCAGACCUACAAGAUGAUGAAGCUCAGAGACCAAACAAAUGUUGAGUUUCGCAAUGGUGUUCAGAACAUCAAAAAAUAGUUCAAUUUUUUUUAUAUUCUGCUAUUGUGAUUAUUUCUGAAAUAGCACAAUGGAAAAAUGCUUUCACUUUGGCAUUCAAAUCAAAUGCGUAAUAAAACAUUGUGUGAAUAAAUGUGUAAUUACCUUCCA